GUCGACGAUGAUGGCUAGAAGAAGACAUUGGACCCUGAGCCGUCGGCGUCGGCGUCGGGCGCGGGCCUCGGCUCGGCAACUGACUCCCCACCACAGAAGGAUGGAUCUUAACAUCCUCCUACAACGCAGCAAUCUCAACAUGUAGACCUCAAUACUGGACACUUCUGACCUUACACUCAGCACAAUGGGUGCCCAAAAGCCCCCAAAAGUAAUCCUUUUUGACAUCGGUGGCGUCGUGGUUGUAUCGCCCUUCCGCGCCAUCCUCCGGUACGAAACUACCCACUCCAUCCCACGCGGCUGGAUCAACACCGCCAUAUCCUUAUCCGCGCCCAACGGCCAAUGGCAACGUCUCGAGCGCGGCGAAAUACCACUCGACGACGCCUACUUCACAAACUGGGCCAAAGACCUCGCACAACCACGCCCGGGCGCAUGGCAGGCAUACUGGGCCAAGGCGAACCCGGGCAAGACAGCCACCGACGCGCCGCCGCCGCCCGUCAUCGAUACGAAGACGAUGUUCUGGGAAAUGAUGCGUGAGGCGCGGAGCCCGGAUCCAAACAUCUAUCCGAUGUUGUGUCGAUUACGGGAGCUGACGCGGGAGCGGGAGAGGAAGGGAGAGGGGAAGCUUGUGAUUGCGGCGCUGAGUAAUGCGGUUAUCUGGCCGCCGGGUAUACGGGAUCAUAAUGAUGCGACGGUGGAGCAAGGAGCAGAUGCGCAGGCGAUGCCGAAUUACUUUGAUCUGUUUCUGCAUUCAGCACUUAUAGGGUUACGGAAACCGGAUGCUGAGGUAUAUGCUUAUGCGGUGCGGGCGCUGGACGAAUAUGCGCGUGGGAAAGGGGUGCAGGGAGGUGUGGAGGCGGGAGAUAUAUUGUUCUUGGAUGAUAUUGGGGCGAACCUGAAGGGGGCGAGGGAGGCAGGCAUCAGGACAGUGAGGGUGAAACUGAACCAUACCGACGAGGCAGUGCGCGAGGUCGAGGAUAUUCUGGGGGUGUCCUUGACUGGUGAUAGAGCAAAAUUAUAGCAGAGGCCUGCUUUGAGGCUUAGAACACAAUAGAUUUAACUUGAUAUACAACCCUGAGAACUCCUUAGAUGCAACAGAUUCCAGAACUAAUGCGCCAGUCUUUUGCAGACGAUCAAUCAGAUCGCUUUUUCUCGUUGAACGGCAUCCCGUACCCAUAUGAAGGAGUGUGUUGUGGUGGCUGUGGCUGUGGCUGUCCGUAUGGGCUCGGGCCAGGACUGGAGUAGUCUACGUAACCGUUGCUCUUAUACCCAUUACUAGAGUACUCUCCGCUUUUGCGGCCCGUAAGCACACCUUGGCUUUGUGCUCGACCACGCCCUCUCUUCAGCCAUGUCUCAUAAGCCCAGUCACCAAUCUGAUAGAACCAUUGUCCUGCAACAAGUACACCACUUAUGACGUUCACUAG